GUUUGCUAAAAGAUAGGUAUUAACAUUUGAGUAAAGGCUACAUUCCUGUAUCGGGAAGGUCAAAGGUUUUGCGGUAAAAGGAGUCUGAAAAGGAGGGAUUCAAAAUAUGCAGGUAAUAGCCUCUUCCUUACUGUUGCUCUCCAUCAUCGCUGUGUCACACGCACGGCUUCAACGUAAUUCAAAAAGAGAAACCAAAGAUGAGCGAAAAAAAGUGAAUACGCUUUUUGGGGAUUUAGAAGAAGCUGAGAAUCCUAUCAAAUUACACAGUAUCUGCGAGGUUAACUAUGAGAAAGUCGGAUGCUUCAAAGAAGACACCAACAACAGAACACUUUCACAGGAACUUUUCCAAGACAGGAUGUCAAGCGAUCCAAAUUACAGUGGACAAAGGGUAAACUGGGCCAACUACAAUACAUACCUCAAGAGUCUGGCAUGCCGCUGCGCCAAAAGCAGUGCCCAGAAUGGUUUUACUUACUUUGGUCUUCAAGACUACGGACGAUGCUUUAGUGAUCCACAUGCCUCUACAAGUUACAGCAGGCAUGGAAACUCGAGCCAUUGCUUUAAUCAAUACUUCUACUCGUGUGAUGACAAUGCUUACGGGCAGUGCAUGGGAAGAGGCAAAGAAGUGAAUUACAUAUACCACAUCACCGUGGAUGGUAUGCAAGACGCUUAAGUGUGCUAUAAGUGUUCUGUCUAAGGUUUUCAAGUACGGUUUCACCCAGUCAGUGGGCCUCAGGCAUUCUCUGUAAGAGGGUUGAUUGAAAUAAAUAAAUGUCCU